AUGGAAAAGACGCUGCCACUGCCAAGAAUUCCAACCAACAUAGUGUUUCACAAGCGCCAACUGUGGCUAUACAACUGCGAUAUGCAUUCAGGAAAAAUCGGUAAAGGGUUUUUACGUCAGUGUGGAAUAGCAGGCAGGGGAGCACAAGAAGUAAACUCCACUUUACGCAAACAUAUAUCUUUAAAUCUAGACUCAAAAGUCAAAGAACUCAUUGUGUGGUCAGACUCCUGUGGUGGUCAGAACCAAAAUAUUAAGUUGACUCUGCUACUAUUUGCAGUAUUAGUAGAAAAUGACAACUUAGAGAAAAUCACCCUUCGAUUUAUGGUUCCUGGGCAUAGCUACUUAGAAAAUGAUAGCGAGUUUAGUGAUAUCGAACCAGCUUUAAAAAUCCAGACACGGCUAUACACUCCACAAGACUACAUUGAUGUGAUGACCAGCUGUCAUAAGAGAAACAAGUUGACAGCUACUAAAAUGGAAUGUUUAGACUUUGUCGUAAUUUCUAAAAUGAUGAAGACCAUAGUUAAUAGAAAAAAGAUAUAG